GCAUGGAGCGCUCCGAGCGGCAGCGGCCCGCGAGCUCCGCGGGCGCACCCCGCAGCCACCCCGCGGCGAAGGUGCUGUUCCGCGGCCCCGUGGGGCCGAUCCUCUUCCUUGCCAACUUCUCCUUGGUCCUGCAGGGCCCGCUCACCACGCAGUACCUGUGGCACCGCUUCAGUGCCGACCUCGGCUACAAUGGCACCCACGAUAGAGGCGGCUGCAGCAACCACAGCGCGAACCCCAUCAUGCAGGAAGUGGAGACCCUCACCUCUCACUGGACCCUCUACAUGAACGUGGGCGGCUUCCUGGUGGGGCUCUUCUCGUCCACCUUGCUGGGUGCUUGGAGUGACUGUGUGGGCCGUCGUCCCCUGCUGGUGCUGGCCUCGCUGGGCCUGCUGCUCCAGGCGCUGGUAUCCAUCCUUGUGGUGCAGCUGCAGCUACACGUCGGCUACUUCGUGCUGGGCCGCAUCCUUUGUGCCUUCCUCGGCGACUUCAGUGGCCUCCUGGCUGCUGGCUUUGCCUCCGUGGCAGAUGUCAGCUCUCACCGCAAUCGAACCAUCCGAAUGGCCCUGCUGGAAGCAUGCAUCGGGGUGGCAGGGAUGGUGGCGAGCCUCAUUGGGGGCCACUGGCUCCAGGCCCAGGGUUAUGCCAACCCCUUCUGGCUGGCCUUGGCCUUGCUGAUAUUCAUGACUUUCUAUGCUGCUUUCUGCUUUGGCGAGACUGUGAUGGAGCCAACACCUGCCCGGCUCUUCACGUUCCGUCACCACCGAUCCAUUGUCCAGCUCUACACGGCUCCGGCCCCGGACAAGUCCAGGAAGCACUUGGCCCUGUACUCACUGGUCAUCUUUGUGGUGAUCACUGUGCACUUUGGGGCCCAGGACAUCCUGACCAUCUAUGAGCUGAGCAGACCCCUCUGCUGGGACUCCAAGCUGAUUGGCUACGGUUCUGCAGCUAGACACCUCCCGUAUUUCACCAGCCUGCUGGGCCUGUGGCUGAUGCGAUUCUGCCUGACGGACACCUGGGUGGCUGAGAUUGGCUUGGCCUUUAACAUCCUGGGGAUGGUGGUCUUUGCGUUCGCGACCAGCACACCCCUGAUGUUCACAGGGUACGGGCUCCUCUUCCUGUCUUUAGUCAUUACACCCAUUGUCCGGGCCAAGCUCUCCAAGCUGGUGAGCACGUCAGAGCAGGGUGCUCUCUUUUCUGCUGUGGCCUGUGUGAAUGGCCUGGCCAUGCUGAUGGCCUCCAGCAUCUUCAACUCGCUCUACCCAGCCACCCUGAACUUCAUGAAGGGGUUUCCCUUCCUCCUGGGAGCUGGCCUCCUCUUCAUCCCUGCCAUUCUGAUUGGGAUUCUUGGAAAGACUGAGCCUCGCUCUGAAUUCCAGCAGUUUCCCCAGAGCCCCUGAUCUGCCUAGACGUGAGAACAGAGGGCCAAGAGGGGUGAAGUGAGCACUAACCAGCUGGAAGGAUGCCCCUGGGACCCCACCCACAGCAGCAGCAGCAGCAGCUCCCCUCAAAGGCAGUGUUCACCCUGGAUAAGGUGGUCAAGCUAGACCAGGGCCCCCACCUCAUCCAAAGCUUGCCAGCCUAUGACUCGAGGAUCUGGAAUUGUAACCCAGACAGUCUGACUCCAGGGCAGGCAGUGGCGGGGGGGACAUUUGGAACAGGGGUCUGUUCAUCCUCUAUGCAAUUACAUAAAACCCUCCAGGGGAGAGAGGAGGUCCUGAUGGAGGUGAUGCCUCAGGGACCAGUUGAAGCAUGAGGGCUGGCAUCUCUGCUUCCAACCCAAACUGCACAGCUCACAGUUCAUCGUGAGCAGCCACCAGCCAUGCCUUAAUGACGAAUAUUUCGAGGGGAGGAAGGGUUGUGGGGAUGGAGAGAGAGUGCUACGGACUCAGUGGAAUCAAGCCCCUGGGCUUAGCAGUGCCAACCAUCAUAAUAAAUCAGUAUAAGCACACUGACAUGAAUCGUCUGGUACCCAAGGCAUUGGGCUGUGGGCCCUUUAUUUUCUGUCCCGUUUGCCCCCAUGGGUCAGAUAGCAGCUGCUGGGCUGGGCAGAAGCCCCUGAGCUGCCAUGAGAUUGGUCCGGGGCGUGACCAGCCCAGACUUCAUCUGACCGCCCAUUCUCUUCUCCUGAGCUGCUGGGAGAUGAAGGGCUGCCAGGCUUGUAUCAAGCCAAGCAGGGAGGCUUGGAGCAGAGCCCUGGCCGCUCAUUCUGAGGGUUAGAUCCGCUCCCUGAAGGCGCCAGUACUGGUCCCCCUGGCAACAACAGCCCAAGCAGAAUUAGUUUUUAUCACUCAGCCCUGCAACACCUCCCAUCGCCAGGUAUUUCAGCCGGGCCUUGUGCUGAGACCGUGCCUCAGCCUGGAUCUGAAGUUGCAAAGGCAAAAUUGGAUUUGAUAUUAAGGUACCAUAAGCCCCCAAGCAGACCCAGAUCAGGUGGUACUUGACUCUUCAAACCAGACUUGGCCACAGGGUUUAGCCCUCUAAUGUCAUUUCUAGCCCAUUCUCUCUUACCAGCCCUGCCAGUCAGUUUUCUGGCUGGAAAUCACUCAAGUAAAGUGGGUGUGGCCUAGGGCAAACCAAGGUCAAUGUGUCCUUUACAGCCCAGGCCUGUUUCUAGAUUCCCACCUCACUGUUCCCUCUGUCACUGGAAGACUGGAGCAAGAAGAGGACAAUCCAUUGAUUGUCCCAGCAUGAGGCAGGAGGGGGACGGGGGGAGGAAGGCGCUGGGCUGGGCUCAGACCUGGGCUCUACUCCAGCCACUGCCUGGUCCACAGGUGACCUUGAGCAAGCCCAUCUACGAAAGGCUGGAUCUGAUCAUGGUUGGACAGGUUAGGAAACACUGGGUUAGAGGUAAUAUUCUGAGAUCCUUUCCGCCUCAUAUGUUCUAGAAUGAGAUGCCUCUCUUUGUGGACCUGGGGGAAGAAUAAAUGAGUUGGAGCUGGACUUUU